GAUACUGAUGAGUGUCAAUACCCAAACGUGUGCGACCCACAGGCUUCAUGCAACAACUACCCUGGAGGAUUUAAAUGCAGUUGUAAUACAGGAUGGCGGGGACAAGGGGAACAUCCUGUAUGUUAUGACAUUGAUGAGUGCACGGAAGGAAUUGACAGGUAAUGUUGAUUUGUUGUACUGGGAUUUCCUUUCGGGCUGAGUACGUGAUUGCCGUUAUAAUGUGACAAAUUUGUCAAGGACAAACCCACGUUAUUUAAGUAAUCAAAGCCUUCUAUCUCAUUUUCAAAAUGAUCAAAAUGGGUCACAGCAUGACUUCCUUUACCAUAUCAGCUCACGUUAAAUCUCAUGAACGGUUGUUCCUAAGAGAAGCCACGUUAUUAUUACGAAUUAUUAUUAUUAUUACGAAUUCAGUUUUGUCGGUUUUAGUUUUUGGGCCUUUGGUUUCUACCUAAAAGUCAAUACUGUUUGUAUUAUCAAAGGUGUCCUAAUCCGUCGACAUGUGUCAAUACCCUUGGAAGUUAUUAUUGUGUGUGUAAUCCAGGAUGGGAGAAAGUGUCAGAGUUCCAGUGUUCAGACAUAAACGAGUGCAGUCGUGGAAUCCACGGCUGCGAUCGCAACUCUUAUUGUGUUAACACAGCUGGAAGCUGGAAAUGCAUAUGUAACAGCGGAUGGUACCCAGAUCCAUCAAAUGCUCGUCUACCAACAUGCAGAGACGUGGACGAGUGCGUCGAUAAGCCCAAUGCUUGCCCGGUACAAUCAAAUUGUCUAAACUCUGCAGGCUCAUAUCGAUGCAACUGCUUGUCUAGCCCUGGUUGGAGGAAUCAAGGUGCGCACACUUGCGUCGAUAUUGAUGAGUGUUCUCAAGGAUCACACAGGUGCCCAUCCAAUUCGAGGUGUGUCAAUACGCAAGGGUCGUACCGUUGCAGCUGCGUGGCUGGUUGGAGAAACAAUGGUCAUUAUUCUUGUGUUGACAUUGACGAAUGUCUUCAAGGACGUUACAAUUGCAUGUCCAACUCACGCUGCGUCAAUACACAGGGAUCAUAUAGAUGUGACUGCGACCGGUGUUACUAUAAAUCUGGAAGUAGCUGUUAUGGUAUGUAUUAGCCCGUUACGCAAAUUACGCAUAAUUCUUUACAUUGCACAGAAACCGAAAUGUAAUAAUUGUUUUAAAACAAAACUGAAUGCAGGGCUGGCACUACGGCAAAGGGUUGAUUUAUUAUAGGCCAAUAUUUCGGCUAAAUAGAGCUAUACCGAGAGAAGAUAUCUUUUAACGGCUCCUAAAAUUUAAAUUCAAAAUUUACAUAAGUAGUUAAUGAUUAACUACAAUUAUAAAUACUAGAUAGAAUAAUAUACAGGUAGAUAAUUGUUUUGUUAGCAAAGAAUAUUUGACACAGCGCAGCAAAACAGCCGGGAUUUCUUCUUGAGCUUUAUUUUGAUCGACUUUUUUUAUUUGAUUGUUCAAAACAGUACAAGUCCCUUCAAGCACUUGAAAAUGAAUGUGCACAGAUGUUGUUACCGCCUACCACGUAGGUUAGCCCACCCCAGGUGUGAUUCCGGGUCGGCUGGGCUUAUAACCUACGUGGUAUAGAAAGAGCGAAAUAUUUUAAAUGAACAAUAAUCUAAUAUGAACUAUGCAGACAACCUAGUGACAUUUGCGGUAUUUGUCAUGAUUAUUUUACAGCCGACUGUUAUCAGGAAACUCAAUACUACUACACUUCCACUUAUACCAGCUAUACAACAUAUUACUCUAAAAGCUGUUAUCUGGGUCUCAAAAGAUGCAGAGAAUCACGGUAGGUAGCACGGGCAAGGGGUACUCAACAAGGUUUUACGUUGGUAGGCUCUACUGGGGCACCCAACGUCAAUGUUUAGAAAAAUAUCUGUUCGGAAGACGAUUUGAGAUCUAGAAUUUUCGGAACAUUUGUUGUAAAAGUUCUUGCUUGCCUGCCUCUCCUACAAUCCUGAACAAAACUACUUGAGAAAAUGUUUUCAUUAAUGCGCACUACCUAACGCAACAAAACUAUUCCCAAAUCAACGGCUUUGCGUAAAGAAACCCCCCUCCCCCAGUUCAAAGUUGCUUCCUACAAAUGCAGAGGGAUCCGGCUUUCUUUUGAAGACCCAACAACAUUGCUUCCAGGGGGAGAGGGGGAGGGAAGAAUCGGUCGGCUACGAAGUUUAGAAAAAAUGAGCCCCAAGAAGGCAAUUUUCUCAACAGUUUUGUCCAAGAUUGUAGCAUUUUCGAACAUCUAGAAAAUGGUAUAAUUGCCCAUUUUUAACGGAUUUUUACCCUAAAAAGGUCACCUAGAAUUUUCGGGAGCCUUUUUUCUGCCUGAAAUUUUCGAAAGGGUAAGUUUUGAUCCCUAUAAUUUUCGAAUCACUUGACUUUCAGCUAGAAAAUCCGAACAGGUGAAAAUUUUUAGGGGAUAAAAAUAUCCUAUAUCUACCGCUUAAAUACUAAAUACGUUUAACAAUGCUAUGUUUAAGUAGUUUUGAACUAUAUUCUCGUUUGGUGCCCCCGGCUCUACCCCAAGGUCCAAUCCCUUUCCCCUUUAUAUUUCAUUUGUGACAAAAGGUACCCUUUUCCUAUACCUUUUAUCACUGAAACUAGGACGUUUCUCGACUUGUUCUUAGCCAUAAAUUUCAUCUGUUAGCCGUUUUAUGGGUCUUUUUACAGACCGAAAUGACAGAUUUCUCUAUCGUUUCAUAUACUUCAACAAGUGAUUUCCCCACUCUUUCACAUACCUGAAGCCUGAAAAAGGCCCGGGGAGCCGGUACUCAACAAAUGUUUGCACGGGGAGGCUCCGUCCCGAGGUCCAACCCCUUACCCUUUUGUAUACCAUUUUUCAAGAAAAAGGUACCCCUUUCGUAUACCUUCUAUGGUACCCCUUUCACACACCUUGUUUAGAACUUUGCAUCCGUUUUAACUGCUGUAAAUGCACUGUCUUUGAAUUAGGACUCAAUCUCAAAAACAGAACGUUUUCUCGACUUUUUAAAGCCAUAAAAUUCAUGUUCUAAUCCUUUUGGGCCCUUUUACAGACCCAAAUGACAGAUUUCCCCACCCUUUUAUACACUUCAACUAGUGAAAUCCCUACUCUUUCAUAUACCUGAAGCCUGAAAAAGUACCCCUUUAGGGCGGAGCCUCCCCGCAUAGGCCAUCAUAGGGAGUACCCCACGGGGAAAAAGGUCGCCCUUUUCGGCGGAGCCUCCCCGUUAUAGGCAGCACCCUCCCCCCUCCCCCCCCCUCGGGCCUCGGGGUAGCAAGGCAUGCAAUAUGACCCUCAGUAGAUCUAGGAUAGUAACAUGUAGUAAGUGCCAGAGCAAGAUAAUGCAAAGUUAAAGUACUGCUAAGUAGCUGUCACUGACUACAGUAUUUGCCAACAUUUGAUUGUCCAACCGGAAUUUCCGGGUUCCUAUGUGAAUGGUAAGUAUCACCGGGGGUCCGGGAAGCCCUAGUCUACUACAUAGCCGUUUUUAGUGUCGUCACGUAACGCUCCUCCCCACAAAGGAGGUUACAAGACGACACUAAAAACGGCUGUGUAGCAGACUAGGGAAGCCCCGCUGUAAGACGAAAUCGAGAUAUUGCCCUAUAUCUACUUACGUUAGCUGACCUGGUAUUUUUCCGUUUUCCGUAGGAAGAAACGAAAGACAAAAAGUGUAAGAAAAGAACGUAAGGUCUGGGUUGCCAACCGUCAUGGAGCAAGUUGUCCGUGCUAUUGA